AUGAGGUCUCUCCUUCUUAUCAGUGCCCUCGCCGGGCCUGCGAUUGCCCAGGGCAGCGCCUGGGCCCAAUGCGGCGGCGUGGGCUGGACAGGCGCCACCACCUGUGUCAGCGGAUACACAUGCGUCAAGUCGAACGAGUACUACAGUCAGUGCCUGCCGAGCACCGCCACGACAACAGCAGCCAGCACUCUGAAGACGUCGACGAAAGCCUCGACAAGCACGAACGCAGCAACUACCACAACGGCUUCUACAGUGAAGGCGACGACAGCAACGGCAACAGCAACUGCUCCUGCAGCCAGCGGCAGCGGCAACGGCACCGGCCUCACCUGGCUCGGUGUUAAUGAAUCAGGUGGCGAGUUUGGACAGGGCUCCAUUCCUGGUGCCUACGGUACCGACUUUAUCUUCCCGUCCGACAGCACCAUAGACACCCUAGUCGCCGAAGGUUAUAACAUCUUCCGCGUGCCCUUCCUCAUGGAGCGCAUGGCGCCCUCGGGCCUGACGGGCACGUUUAGCGCCGCCUACCUGGCCAAUUAUACGGCGAGCAUCGAAUACAUCACGUCAGCCGGCGCGUACGCCGUGUUGGACCCGCACAACUUCGGCCGUUACAACGGCGCCAUCAUGAACGACACGGCCGGGUUCCAGACCUUCUGGAAGACACUGGCCACCGCCUUCGCCGACAAUGCCAAGGUCAUAUUCGACACAAACAACGAGUACCAUGACGAAGACCAGACGGUCGUGCUCAACAUGAACCAGGCCGCCAUCGACGGCAUCCGUGCCGCGGGGGCCACCUCGCAGUACAUCUUCGUCGAGGGCAACUCGUACUCGGGCGCCUGGACCUGGACUACCGUGAACACCAACCUGGCUGCUUUGACCGACACCGAGGACAAGAUCGUCUACGAGAUGCACCAGUACCUCGACUCGGACGGCUCAGGCACCUCCGACGUCUGCGUCUCGAGCACCAUUGGCGCUGAGCGUAUUUCCGAUGCCACGGCAUGGCUCCAGGCCAACGGCAAGAAGGGCAUUAUUGGCGAAUUCGCCGGUGGCGCCAACACGCAGUGCAAGUCCGCUAUCGUGGGCAUGCUAGACCAGCUCAAGGCCAACUCUGACGUCUGGAUGGGUGCCAUGUGGUGGGGAGGAGGCCCAUGGUGGGGCGACUACAUCUAUUCGUUCGAGCCGCCGAGUGGUGUAGCAUACUCGUACUAUGACUCGGUUCUCAAGGGCUACGCCCCCUGA